CGUGACGAGGCACCCGAAGCGUCCUGUUAUGCAACCGCUGACCUACUAACAUACAUUUCUAAACAGAAGCAGCUAGCGGCAGGAUACUGGAGCGCCUCGCCAACACAACACAAGGAACCAGGGCAAAAACACACGGGCUGCGGAAUCCACGCGUACAGGACACGGCGUGUAGUCUGUGUGGACCACUGAGCCUUUUUAUUCAAGUCAACGAGGCUGAUACAAAGAGACUAAUAAUAAUCGUCGGGCGACAAAAAAAUAUUUUGGAUACAGCCAAAAACGCCUUUCAUCGAGCAGCCAGCUGGAGGCUUUGGGAGCAGCAGCACCCCUCCCCAAGAGGCUGACAAGCUGGGGCAGACCGAGUGACCUAUAUCCUCCAACACGCCCAAGGCACUGGGACACAUCUCUGUCGGCUUGAUAGAGCCGUUACAUAAAGGAAUAAAAGAAAACAAAGAAAAAAGGGGUCAGAAUCCUUUAAGCAAAUUUGGUCACCUUUCCUGUACUUCAGGACUUCGUUGCCCUUCUUUCGUUCCCUGGCCAGAAGAGUUUACUCAUUGAGGAAUUCUUCGGGUUUGUUAAAUGCAGGAGACUCAUAAAGAAGUGCACUUGUUUUUGCUCUUCUUAGCCAACCUGGACACUUGAUCAUCAAGGGAUAUUUGCUGGAGCUUCACGUCGACAAAAUCAAUGAGGUUCAGUUUUACAAAAAGUAAAAUACCUCAUAAAGUCUUUGCUGAUCCAGCUACUUAGUAAGAUUCUUCAGUCCACUGUUUGUCGGGAUAUCCUACAGGAGUUCCCGUAGCCACCUUUCCCCCCUUCACCCCGUCCCCGUUUCUUCAUUUAUUUCCAUUACCAGUGGCGAAGCCAAGGUCCCAAACUGGCUCCCAUUGAAGAAUAAUGGAAAGUUUGAACUUACAAAUUUCAACAGAUUCCAGUGCAAACAAAACCUUAAAGAACACAGAAAACUUUCUGGACUACAGUGAUCUUGUCCAUUCACCUCAGAGCAACAUUCGCCAGAACCGCAUUCUCAAACCGAAGCCAAACAUGAGCUGUCGACGCAAGCGCGAGUUCAUCUCAGAUGAGAAAAAGGAUGCAUCCUACUGGGAAAAGCGACGCAAGAACAACGAGGCAGCCAAGCGUUCCCGGGAGAAACGACGCUUUAAUGACAUGAUCCUAGAGAACAGAGUUAUGGCGCUGAACGAUGAGAACGUACGCCUGAAAACUGAGCUUUUACAGCUUAAGCUCAGGUUUGGUCUAAUAAGUACGGCCUCCUACAUGGAAAAGAGUCAUCAGAUUGGUGGAGCAGUCAAUGGAAAUUCUGGGGGAGACUCCUCAUCUUCCUCUACCAGCAGUCGCUUCUACCCUAAUAGUUACUCCAGUGUUUCUCAGAUGAUGACAAACUCUGAUUCUUCUGAAACUGAGCAGUCUAUUCGAGGGGAUGGGCAUCUGAAAUUGGCAAAGUACUCCCCACGAGGUUCCCUCUCCGAUAUGUCUGAUGGCUCCUCUCGGGACAGCCCAGAGCCACUGGUCUAUGACAUCAAGCAGGAGGGGAUGGGUCUAGAUAUGGACAUUGUCAAUAGCGCUACAACGCAGAUCAUGUUGAACAUUCAUUCUAGAUUGCCUGCAGUACUUCACCAGCACAAUUUUGAGACAGGUUAUUCCGCCAACCAACAGAAGCAACGACGCCAAGAGACCAUUGCAAGUCCAGUCGUUCCACAAUCCACUCAAAGAAGUGUAAUCCUAUACCGCUCAAGCAGUGCCUCGUAUCCUGUGGAAGCUCAGGAAAUGAUUCCUAAAGAACAGCAGCCUACAGAGGGACCAACCAGAAGCCCCAAAAGCUUGGCAGAGGUGUCUAAACGGCUAGAGAGAAGGACUUCAGAUUCUCCUUCUUAUGAUGGGGAAGCAGCUGAAAGGCAAGCUUACUUUGCUCAGCGACAAACCCAGAGGGUUGAUGCCGCUGCCCCAGAUCUUCUAAUGAGACCAGAGGAGGAAGAUGAAACCCCAAUGUACCACUGUUCUAAUGGCACCCUGGAGAAUGACGAGCCACCGGUGCUGACCUACGAAGGAGGCUUGAGACAAGAAGAGUACUACGAGGCUCACUCAGGAAAGGACACUUCCUCAAGUGACGGGGAUCCCCGCAGCUCCGAUAAAGAGGGCUCCACCGAUGAUGAGUCUCCCUCCUCUUCUUGCUCCGAUACGGGCAGCUACCACCCUCACAUAUUCACGACCCAGAGCUCCUUCUCUCCAAGCCAAUGCAAAGACGGCCAAGCCGAAAUCAAAGGCACUGCCCUACCCCACAAAUUGAGACUCAAGCACAGAGCUCAGAGCGACGGUAGGGCAUCAUCUCAAGACUCCCCGACGACGCCACCUGCUAACUUUCUGCCAUUACCUCAGCAUCCUUACCUGGCCUUGUCUCAACCUGGCAGCCAGUCGAGUCCAGGGUUUUCCAAGCAGGACAUAUCGGUUGGAAGCGUUGAAUGCGGGAAGAAGGAAUCCAGCGUGCGUAACAGUCGUAACAAGAGACAUGACUGAACGAGAAACUGUGGGACUCACUCGGGUCUUGAUAUAGAGCCUCGAGAGACUUCUUAUGAAACCCAUCUUGCAGUCCUACCUACCUGCCAGAGAAGUGGACAUAGUCAGGACUGCUGCAUUGCAUUUGCAUUGUACCAUAAUGUAUAUACUUACCUUUUGUUGAUUUGGUUUGUUUGUUUAACCUACUCUUUAGGUUACAGCAGCACUUUUAUAACAGAAUGAAAUAGGAUGACAUGCUAUUGAUCGCACUUACCCUUCUUUUCCAUGCUGCAGCAAGAUGUCAAGUGUACAUUCAAUUCAAAAGCAAUAUCUACCAUUUGUGAGGCAUUGUAAUGGAUUCAUAUUUGUAAAUAGACAACUUCAAGUGCCCCUUUCUCAGUUUUCGGCCACACCUUAACAGCAGGUGGCUGUGCACCAUAUUUAAACAUACCAAACGGCAGAAGAUUCAGGGAACAUUUCCCUUGACCAAAGAAACAUGGCUUUAUGUUCAUACCUCUCUCUGCUCCCUACCUCUGUCUGCUUUUCUAACUAGUGCUCCCCAUCACUUUUCCCACAUUGAACAGCCUAGCUACCACUCCUCUUUGAUCAGGCACUUGGUUUGUAUGUAUAAAAUGUGAUAUAAAUAUUAUAUAUAAAUAUAUUUUAAGAAGAAAAGAUUACAUGGGAAAAAAAAGUAGGGAGUUCCGUGACUAAUGAAUUGGUCUUUGUCAAAAAUACUGUACAAUAUCAGUGUGUUUGUUGUUUGAGAUGCCACUUAAUAUAAGCAUUUUUUUUACUUUAACAAUUUGCAAUUACAUAUUUUUUUAGAAACUGUCCUUUUAUAGGAAAAUUACAAAAUGCCCCAAAGCCUUUACAGCGAUACAUUAGCGGGUUGAUGUGAGCUUCAUGUCUUAGAUACUAAAAUGUGUUUUCGUUAGUUAUAACUCAUUGAAAUGUCUGGUCUUGAAACACUACUUGGCGUUUAGCGUAAAAUGUAUUUCCCAAAUAAAGUUUAAAACUUAAAACCUAUCCUAAAAGUACAUAUUUAGCUUCCCUUUUAUGUAGCCCCCCCAUUUAUAAUUUUCUUUAUACAACAACUGAUGUAAAAACAUUAAUUUGCUUCAUAAAUAAUAAUAAAUCUAUAUAGAAUAAUAAUAAUAAUAAUAAAUCUAGACUUAAUGCAAAACGACUCUCUCUUCCACUCUGGUUAUGAAUGUGAAAGGAAUGUUUUGCUCUUAUUAGCAUGGGGUUUACAGGAAAGCUCCACCCUGCUUACAUCAGUAUAAAUGGAUGAUUACUAGCAUAGUGUCUUUGACCGUUUGCCCUUGAGGCCCCCAGUUAAGCGAUUCAGCUAGCUGAUACUGCAUUUUUUUCACUCUUUAACUGGUGCUGACUCCUUGCUAGUCAGCCACUACCUUGCAUAUGUUUCCUUGCUAAAAUGAGGUUUAAUUAAAUUUGAAGGUUUUUUUUUUUACACUUUUAGAAGAAUGCUUGUAAAUUUUUCAGAUGUAGCUCAAUUCUGUCACACCCCCCUUUUGAAAUAAGUCUACAUGUCACAUUAACUUAUGGCACUUGUGUAUAAAUGUAAAAUAUUUUUACUCGCAACACUGUAUUGUGCUUUUUUUUCGGGGCCAAGUGUUGUCCUGUUAUCACUAGCAGUGUCUUUACUUCCUGUUUACUGUGAUUUUGUAAUUGCUCACCACAAUGUCACCUAUCCCUCUUCGUCCUUUCAGUGUGUUUCAAACCGAGUGAUGUUUGAUGUUUUUAUUUUCUUAUGGUUUUAUCAAAGCGAAAGUGGAAAGAAAAAAAAAAACGACGAGCAAUGCUUGUUUGGUGUUAUUGAGUAGACCGUGGCACUGCUGUUCUGUUGCUCUGUUUUGAAAUCGAUGCAUAUUGUAAAAAAACACUAAUAUUCAGUGCUAGGGUUGGGUGCAUUUCAAAAAUUAAAAAAAAAAAAUAAAAAAGUUGUUGCAUUAUUCAUGCAUUUG